AUGCACGCAUUCCGUCAUUCAUCCACCCCCUCCUCUACAACAGCUGCCCCAAAGGAACAGGGUGAAGAAGAAGAGGGGGAGAGUAGCAAGUCGAUGACCAUGGGAGAAAAAUGCGAUAAGGAGAAGGAGAAGAAUAGCACGGAGGAGGACAAGGAGGGAAAUGAUGAUGGCAAGGAGGAUGAGAAGGAGGAAGAGGAGAGUAGUGAAGAUGAAGAGGGAGAAGUAGUCGGAGAAGAGGAGGAAGGUGGGGAAUUUGAGAAGGUUCAACGGCCGGAUGAGUUGGAGGAAGAAGAGCAGCUGCUAGAGGAGAUAGAACAACAUAAGAAAGAGGGAGAGGAAGAAGAGGACGGGACCCCGAGCAAGAGUCCCGCGUGGGACGACGCCAACACCUUACCGAUCAAGAGGGUGGAGUGGGAGAAGCAGGCUCUGAGGUUUGAGAUGAUGUUCAAGGUGAAUGAGGUGGAGCCGUUCCAUGUGUUGGUAGAGGAUAAGGCAGGAACUAUGUGGAGGGAGUCUCAAGAGAACGUGAAGUCCGUGAAGUUCAAGGUAGUGUUCUUGAGGGUGUUGGUGGAGGGGAGUGCGGGAGCAUCUUGGAUGCGGUUGAUAGAUAAGGACGACCCAGGGUUGGAAGGUUCUCAGUCUCCCUUUCUUUCUCCUGCUCCUUCCUGUUCUACUGCCCCCAUCUCCUCGCUCACGGCCAUGAAGGCCCAUCCUUCCAAGAUCCUACCUUCCUCCUACUCCUUGAUGGCGUGCAGCUGCCUUCUCCUCCUCCCCGCCUCGUCUUGCUCUUGA